AUCGUAUUAAUUCCGUUAAGGUAAACACUUGAUCUAAACAAUUCCGUGGUAUUUUCAUCGUAUUAAAUCUAUUUUAAUUACUACUUUAUCCCCACUACCAAAUUUGGACGAAACAACGACGCGGGUAUCAUUCGAUUCUCGAAAAUCGAAGUUCAAUCGUACUAAUUCCGUUAAAGUACGGUAACCUGUUAAUUGCGUGGUAUUCUCACUGGCACUUCAUACACUGGUACAAUUAGAUAUCUCGCCGUUUCCCCUUUCACUGUGAGAUUGAAUGGAUUUCCCGUGAUAACGAGCAUCAAUCUUCCGCUGACUUGCGAUUUUCUGGGCUAUUACUACGUCGAUGGCAACAUUCCCCUCAUCCAGUCAUGUUAACGCAGCGGACAAAUUGACGUAACAUUGAAAUGUUGCUGCCGUUGCUGAUGUUGCCGCUAUGAACGAGGGCCGGUGCUACAUCGAUUCGCCCGUGCUCGCUGAACAUCAGCUAUUCAACCGGAAUGGGAAAGCACUCAGGGGAUCGAAGAAAAGCGUGCUGUUUUAUACGACCGACUGUGGGGACGGGAAAGAGGACCUCGGACUCAAGCUUCAGCAGCGCUCAGUUUCUCUGACUGCUCUGCAUACAGGAAGUGGAACGCAACAGCAAUAUCUGGAGCCAAGGAUGGCGCAAUUAGAAACGUUGGAGGCAAAGAUGGCCAGCAUCGAGGUGUCCUUGUCAACAACACCAAGAAGAAAGAAAGGUGGAAGCGUUUCCGGUGGAGUGACAUCGCCAGCCGGUCAUCGAAACAGAGACCACUACAAGGAAUUGGACGCUCUUCGAAUCGCAUUGCGUGACAAGGAAAAUAUCAUCCAAACGUUGAAGGGGCAACUGUGCAACACGCUGAGCAAUAGAUUAGCGUUGCGCAACGGCGCCCCACCUUUGACAGAGGCUGACAGGAAAGCAACCGAGGAGAGGCUUCAAAGGCUGCGACGCGACGCGGAUAACAAACGGCUUGCGAUAAAGAAUUUGAAAUUGGCGCUCGAACGGCUAGACAUUACAGAUAACAUCGACGUUCGGAUUCAGCAGGCUGAGUUAGAAUAUAGACUCGGACGGGAGGAGCUCGAGCUGUUGACUCUUCGCGAAGAAAGCAGAGCUCUGCAAGCUGCUCUGGAACUGGCAGAGACUCAAGAGAAACAGAAAAAUGACACGAUAUUUAGUUGUAUUUCUGGCUCUACGCAAGUCACGAUCCACGCGGUGGAAGUUAGCGCGGAUCCAAAAAGUCCUCGUUUCGGCGCUGGACCGAGGGAAGAUACACCUGGCUUGUACGUCGACUGGGCGGUCGAGGAUUCUGGAUUGUGCAAGGGAGACAGAAUCUUGGAGGUGAAUGGAAAACUCGUGGUGGGAGCAGGUAGAAGCGAUUUGGCGAGGCUGUUGGCCGUUGCACCCGAUGCCGCGCAAAUCGUGGUCCUUCGAAAGGGUGAAUCCCUGGCAGCACUCCGCACUCUUCGAUCUGAUAACCUCCGGCUGACUCACAGGAUUGGAUAUCUCGAGGAACAGGUUAGGGAUCUUCUUGCGCCAAGCCGUGCCGAAGUCCCUGCAGACCCUCCGCCAUCCCGUCAAGAACAAGUUCAGGUUUUUCAAAAGGGGCCACAAGUAACCGCGUUAGUCGCGAAUCUUCCUGGUCUUAAUGUGAGAAACUCGAUGGAAUUACGGCAGAGUUUGCCUACAGUGAGAAGCAGACACAGCGAUCACUCGAAGCGUUCGCUGGACGUGAAGAUCUCGAACGAAUUCGACUCGUCAUCAGCUAGCAUUUCCAAUGGUCAUCACAAGUCGCGAAAUAAACAGAAACAUCAAGGGUUUCCAUUAACCAGAUCAACUGCGAGCUUGGACUGCAAGCAGACGCAAGUUCAGCCGCAAUUGCAACGUAGAAGACCGCCGCGCGUCGACUUGGCCAUUGAACACUUGUCCAAGAGUCGUAAAAACUCGUCUCAAGUGCAACCGUUAGAUUUCGAUUCCGAACCAACUUACUACCGGCUACAGGAGAGUCAGUCGCGAGCGUCAGAAAACUCAGAUAUAUCGGCAGUCUACAGUUCCCAAGAAUCGAAAUCUCGUCCAGCGCCACCGAAAAAGCCGCUUCGAUUGUCCCUGCAUCGAGCGGCUAGCCUUCAGUCCGUAGAAAGUGCACCGCCAGCUGCGCAUCACGACGUAGCGAAGAAACCGAUGAAGAGAAAUCACAAAGGUGAUCCGCCGGAGAAAAGCACCCGAACAGAAACCAACGGAGAGACGAAUAACUAUAUGCAAGAAUCGCAUUCCAAUCCACCUCAACCUCCGCCGAGGACACCUUCCAGAGCGGAAUCUUGUCAGAGCGCGUUACGGUGGCCUUCCCCUAAGCCACGACCUCAUUUGGCACCUGUCACGAUGGAAAAAUGGUGUUGAAUAGA